CUCCCGGGAGGACCUCUCCUCUGGCGAACAACGGCGAUAAAGUCGUCCAGAGAAUAGAAAAGGUGACGUCUGGGAGUAAAAUCCGCAGUUUGAGCGGUCGACGGUGUCUGAUCGGCGGGAACUUGAUGAGUUCUUCUUCAGAAGCCGAGCUGUGUUACUGUACUCCCUCCCUGUGUGAUUUCUACUCACAGCUGAUGUCAGCAGCUGGAGAUUUGAAUCAUUCGCACACAUACAGUCUCCGCUGACAUCUGUUCCCAUCGGAAACGAUUAGACCUCACACCUCAAGCCCAAAGUUGCGCCUGUCAAGCUUUCUACUCCCGUCUUACUUUUCAUAGUUUUGGUGUUUACUGCAUCUUUUAAACAGCGCAGUCACACACAUGCCGUCUCCCAGCCUCCACUUCAUGGAGGAUUUGAUUUGUUUGAGUUGGGGCUCAGAUCUGGCUGCAGGAGCUCAAACUUCAUCAGCUCAUACACUCGUCCAUAUGCUCAUUAUUUAUUCAUGUAUUCACAGCAGGACACAACAAGUCAUCAGCUUUCCAUACUAAUGCAAACACCUGUUGCUCAAAGCCGCUGCUCCUGCCUCCAACCAUCACACGCCGUGCUUUCACAUGUGUGAUUAGAAUAUUUAAUCUUGCAGUGCAGCUUUAUGUUAAUGUGCAGGACCUUUAGUUCAGGUGCCUUUAAUUUAAACUAGUGUAGAGUUCUACUGCAGAAUGGCCUGCAGCUUUUUAUAAGUCCGGGCCUGUCACAUUGUGCGGCUCACGUGGUGGCAGACAAUCAGAGCCUGGAGCCAUGCUGUCCGGGGUGCAGCCCUGCUUCCAGCUGCUGCGGAUCGGCUCGUCGCCCGGGGACUCGGCGCGGGACCUGUACACCUUCAGGCCCACGCUGAACCGCUGCGUGUUCCGUCUGGGCCGAGCAGCCGAGCUCUGCGACGUCACGCUGGACUCGGCCUCGGUGUCGCGGAUCCACGCCGAGCUCCACGCGGAGAGAGAGACUCCAGGAGAGGAUGCGGCGGCGCAGGAGGAGGGAUGGAGGGUCCACAUCGAGGACAAGAGCAGCCACGGGACCUGGGUCAACGAGAUUCGCCUCCAGCUCGGCGUCCAGUGGGAGCUCUCCGACGGCGACGCGCUGACCUUCGGUGGCCAGUCGGCCCCGGGGAGCCCAGAGUUCUACUUCCUCUUCCAGAAGGUCAAAGUUCGGCCGCUGGACUUUGACGCCAUCACUAUUCCAAAGGCAGGAACCUUUUCCUCAGACCUGCAGAACCGGAUCAGAACCAACUUAGAUCGUAAGGUUCCAGCCAACCUGGACCUGUCCAAGCUGUCCAUCAACCGGGCCACCGUCAUCCUCAACUCCAUCGGCAGCCUGAGCAAGAUGCAGGGCAGCGCCUGGACCUUUAAGAGGAGCCACAGCCUCGAGGGCACGGCGUCGGACCCCGGUUCCUCCUCCUCGCCUCCCCUCGCCCUGGGCUUCUCCUCCCUGCUCCCCCCCUCCACUCCCCCGUCAUUCACCUCCACAGCCUCGGUGCCGGCGAAGUCUGUACCCGCGAAUUCCAGGAGUCGGAGGAAGUCGGCUCACACCGUGCUGCUGGAGGACGACAGCUCCGACGAACCGCGGAGCCGAGGAGCUCUGACAGGAGCCGCGGAGGACGGGCAGCGAGCGAGGCCCAAGAAGAGGAGGCGGCUCUACAAGUCCGAGUCCGAGGGUCCCGGCUGCCCCCCCCCUCCUCUGCCGCUGCAGCCCAGGAGCCACGGCGGCGCCCUGCGCCCCCUGGAGGCCAGGCCCUUCCCCUCCGGCAUCAGGACCAUCGGCAGCUGCCACGGCGCCGUGACCAACAGCCGCCUCAACCAGCACCUCCUCCACGCCUCCUUCACCAGCUCCGGCCUCCAGCGCGACGCGGAGCCCAGGAGCCAGGUCAAGACGGUGGUCCACGCCAACAUGGCCGCCGUGCGCCAGCAGAAGACGGCCCACGCUCCCAGAGGCCGGCGGCGGGCGCACAGCUCCCCCGUGUUCUCCCCCCUGAUAGUGGGAGGAGAGAACUACAGCCUGGCCUCCCCCUCGGUCAGGAUCCGCACGGGGGAGAGGGGGCGCAUGCAGUUCACCAGGUUCCACCAGCAGACAAGCAAGCGGCGCGGCCGCCCCAGGAAGCAUCCUCUCCCCCCUCGGCCGUCGCUGCCCUCCCCGUCCUCCUCGUCCUCCUCCUCCACCUCCUCGGCGUCCUCCUCAUCCGGAUCCUCCUCCUCCUCCUCUGAGGACGACGACGACGAGGAGGAGGACGAGGAGCCGGCGGUGAGCCAGGUGGAGCCCUGCGCCGCCCCGCGCUGCAAGCUGCCCCAGCAGGACACGGUGCAGUGGAUCCAGUGCGACGUGUGCGACGCCUGGUACCACAUAGACUGUCUGCACGUGGACCGCAAGAAGCUCCUGAUGGAUCCCAACGCCGACUUCUACUGCGGCUGCCGCUGACGGCGCCGUUUCAUCGCCGUUCCUCCGCCUACAUAUGGGAACCAACACAUCCACAUCCAGUACUUACCUGGAAACCGCUAAAGAAUCACCUGCAGUUUAUUUGAGCAGCCUCUCGCCUCCUUCACAAACCUCCUCGGCGGUGGACAAGGAGGCAGCGCCGUAAUGAAAUGUCUGGGAUCGGACUCCAUUAUUGUUCUGGCCACCUGGAGAUGUGCGACGUGGACGCGGAACACAAUGAAACGUUUGAGCACACUCGCACGGCGCUGUCGCUGACCAGGGGGCAGCGGCGUUUAGGAAGAUUAAUGAAACGCCUGCCGCCGCCGCUCCGGUCCGUUCGAGGUGAUUAAAGUCGCUGCGCGGCCCGAGAGCGGCUCCUUCGCUGUUUCACCAAACAGCUCCGAUCUUUCAGGGAACAACAGGACCUCCAGUUAAUAUUUAAUUCACAGCCUCGCACCCCUCCCACACAAAGAACGCUCCGGGCUGAUGUUUUCACCUCAGCCGCAAUAAACCCUGAUGAGAUUUGCUCGACGCUGCUUUGUGGGGCCGCGGCUGCGCCGCCGCCGCCGUGGGAGCGGGCGUUCGCUGCUUUCAGACAAUUAAAGCAGAGAAUGUGGCGUCGAGCCCCUGCCGCUGCUCCGGCACCGUAAUCAGACGUUUGAAGCAAGGUGCAUUCUGGGAACGUGUACGUUGAGCUCGCUGCCGGACGUGAGCAUGGACACCGUUCAACACCACCUCUGGAGGAACCGGACCAACUGGGCCAUGGGCCCGGUUCUGUCCUCAGCGCCGUCUCGUCGCACGGAGCUGCUUCCUCACUGUCAGUUGAUGGAAAGGUUCAAGUGGAGCAUUUAUUUCUUAGCGUUUUUUCAGUCUAAAUGAACUCGGCUUCUUUUGUUCCAUCACUUUGGAUCCUGCUCCGCUUUUAAUAACGCCUGUAAUAAUUCAGACGAGGAGCUGUUAAAAUGACUGGUUUGAGCAGCUACUCGUUUUAUCCUGGAUCAUAUCGCGGAGGCAGAGCUGCAGGUGAAAGGAAGUAGAAAAGGACAAAACCAGCCUUAAAUAGCAAUAAAAGCGACGAAGUAGAUGUUUAGCGUCGUGGUCGUGUGGAGGUGAAUUGCUGGUGCUCGGCCUCCGUUUCUGAGCUGACGCUCAGAGCCUGAUUGCGGCCGCGUGCGGCUCCUUCAGCGGCGCCGGCAGGAAGCGCCGCGGUGCGAGCUGGUGAUUGGCUCAGCAGCCGCUCGGCGCCGGGAGAAAAUGAGGUUAAAUGUAGACAUUAAGAAGGUUGACGUGUUUGCAGAAAUUCACCCGUUUUGUGGCUUUGUCUUGUUAUGAACGUUGUCUGGUCACAGACGAUGUGAACUGUAGGAUGAGUCUCAGUAUCAGAUACUGAUUGAAGCGAGCGCUUGUUGUGACUUCCACUCUUUGGCUUCAUGUGUCAAAGGCUGCGUUUUGUUUGCAGCCGCCUCCUGUAAAGAUGUGAGCGCCUGUUGUUGUGGAGUCGAGGGUGUUUUUCAGAGUCGCGCUGCUGCUGGUGCUCCUCACUGUGCAGCCUGCGUUUGUCUUAAAAGAGGAUGUUGCUCCGACUGCUGAAAUGUGGAGCAGCUUCGAGUGAGAAACGCUUUAAUUGACGUGGAAACGAUCAGAAUCCGUGUGUCACGCUGGAAAUCAACCACUUUUCAGAGCGAGUGAACUGAUUGUUUAGAGAAGCUCAACUUCAGUUUGUCAGUAAGUUGUGUGUGUGUGUGUGUGUGUGUGUGUGUGUGUGUGUGUGUGUGUGUGUGUGUGUGUGUGUGUGUGUGUGUGUGUGUGUGUGUGUGUGUGUGUGUGUGUGUGUGUGUGUGUGUGUGUGUGUGUGUGUGUGUGUGUGUGUGUGUGUGUGUGUGUGUGUGUGUGUGUUGUAUCUCUGCUUUGGUCACUGAGUGCUUGUUUGUGUCGUGGACUAAACACACAACAGACACUGCCAUUUUUACAUUGAGCUAUUUGUCUGGUUGUUGGAUGAAAUCUCACCUGCUCAGAUUGUAUCAGAGAUGGUGGUAAAAUCAGAACUUCAUUCCUCGGCUUUGAAUCGAAGGCUCACAGGACUUUCUACCGCGCUGCCUUCACUUUAAUUGUCACAUGGAAAUGCAGAAACGUCACAGCUUGACUUUGUUGUUUAUGUGGGUUUGUACAGAAUUAAUCCAGUUGUCGUAAUGCCCUCUGAUGCCAUCAGCGUCCAAGUAUCAGAGAAACAAAUAAAAUUUAUUUAGAGAACUUA